CUCCCGCCCAACCUUCGACCCCGUGCCGACGACAGAAUUCAGGCGACGACCUACGAAAGCCCCAGAACAAACGGCCCCUGAGGCGGUCCAACUCCAUGCCCAUGACCCCGAUGCAGCCACGUUCACUCAACAGAACCUCCACCUCACCCAUAACUACACCGAAGCCCACGAAAAGCGCGACCGCAACGAUUCCCACAGUCACCUGCCUUGCGACGGUAGAGUGCCUACGAGCUGCGUUUGCGUGUUUGAGAUCGCUUCAUACCUCUGGCGCAGUGCAACUGCCAGACCUGCAACUCGAGAGUGGAAUAUCUUCUUUCGUUGGCAAGCUUGUCGGACUAGACCUCCAGGAGCACGCGCUGCGGGAGCUGACGCUUUUGAGGCAAAGAAUCGACGCAAUGGCUCCCUCAACGAAACCGAAGACGAAAGCAGCCAAAACAACCGCGGCAACCACAAAAGUCAAAGGUCUCGCAGAAAUCUUGGACUUUGGUGAUGCCAAGUUCUCCGGCCCAACUCUGGGUCUGGUCAUCACGACUCAGAUGCAGAUCCUGCGUCUGAUGUCUGCAAACAAGAAACCGGCCACGAUCGAGGCAGCAUUGCCAUACUUGGUCCCUUCCCAUCCGACUUCACCCAUCAACCUCCUCCUUGAAUCCGCGAAAGAGGCCGGCCAGAAGACAAAGGCUGCCCGACAGCUCGACCUUCUUUCACAGCUUCUCCUCUCUUUGGCCCCGAGCUUAGCAAGCAAAGACGACGACGUUGCCAUGGACCGCCGCCUAAGCUGCUCUCCGGCCACCGCACUGGAAUUGCAAGCUCUAGGAUUGGAGGCGCGUCUGCAUUGGUGGCCCAUGGCCGGCCACAAGGCAGAUGUUGACAAGGACAUCAUUUCACCGCUUUCUCGAUGCAUCACCUCAUACAUUCGCAGGGUCAAGACUGACUCGGCCGGUGCCUACCGCAAGUCUUUCAACGCUUUCGAUCGCAUCAUCGCCAUGGUCAAGAGCCAGCACCUGGAGCCGAUGCUCGCUUCGAAGUCGCCACUCGUUGUGAUUUACCAGGCUUUGGGCACGGUGGCUCAGACUGCGCGCCAUUACAAGGAAGCAGCCGAGUGGAUUUCGAAGAUCAAGGGGACUCUGAACCCGGCCAAUGAUUCACCGGCAAAGUGCUGUGCGAUUGCUGCGCAGCUCGUCGCUGUUUACGGGAAACAGACGCCGCUACCCCUGGAGGAACUAUCCGCGCACCUGAAGGAAGUUUAUGACGCGCUUCAGGGGACACUGAAGGGUGACGUUACGGAACUGGAAGAGCUCAUGGUCAAUCUAUCAGCUGCUCGUAGGUCGGCGGUGGGGAUUUUGGCUAGUAAACUCACGGGUCAAUCUCAAAGCAUAGACGAACUCCUCAACAACCUCGUUAUUCAAUUUCCCCGAUUCGCUCUUCGAUGGCUAGGAAAGCCGCCAGCAAAAGACGCUUCCCCCAAGGAUCACGUACGCUAUGAUUCGAGAAAGCAGCUACUACUCACUUCGAUAACCCAAAUUCUCGACUCGGCCCUGAUGGUUGCCAAAUCUCAGCUCGACGACGACAAGAUGACCUGGGCAGUGCUCGACGGCCUGCUUCAAGAGUGUCUUAUGCUCUUGGACUUUUUGGGCGACGCGAGUAUUGCCCUCUCGAAAGCGGACUCUUCAAAUCUCUACCACGUCAAACUCUCGCACCUCUACUUCAUGUUCUUUAACUGGUAUCGCCGAAACGCAGACUCUAAACCCGGAGAUAAGACUCCCCUUCGAGCUCUGAGACGAUCUGUGGAUUGUGUCAAGGACCGGUCUUCUGAGGAGAAGGAGAAGGCACAAACGACAGCCAAACUCGAGUACUUUGCGGACCUGUGUAAGCAGGCCGGCCGAGUCAACGACGCUCGAGACGCGUUGAAGCUCAUUUGCACGAACAUGGUCGAAGACGGAGUGUUGUCUACAGUGGCUGCCUCUUUGGCUGAGAGCUCCCCUGCAGUGGCUUGGAGCGCCAGCGUCAAGGCCGAGUCAUUGUCAAGGACAAUAGGUACGAUGGUCAAGCUUGAUCAAUCCUGGAAUGAUUGGACUUUCUUCCUUGCGGACGUUGAGCGGGCCGCGGUUUUGGAGCGCAUCAUUCAACUCAUCCUCUCCAACUCAUCUAGCGAUCCCAAGCCCAACGACAUCAAGGAUCCGGUCACCGAGGCUCUUUUGAGGAUCUACGCGUCCGACCGCUUUCCGGUCCGCCGCCUCCGGACAUUGCUACAACUGCUCACCAUGUCAAUCGGCGACAAGGACGAGUUUCAAAGCCUUCGAGAGCAAGCGGAGGCUGCUUUGCAGCUCUGUCGUGAUCACAACUUUGGCGACGACGUUGGUCUGGCUGGAUACGUCCCUGACCUAGAGGCAGGUCUCUCGUCCACGUUGGCUCUUGUUGCAACAGAGACAGAAUGGCGUACGGCCGACUUCGAAGAGUCAACAAGCAUCUGGCGCACGAUUAUCAACCAGUGCCAGACCAAGGAUGAUCUUUUGUCAAAAGUUAGCGACACUGAGGGACUCGUCAGGCAGCUUAACUCUAUUGCAGAAUACGCAAGACUCAGGGGCGAGGACGAGUUCUUGUUGUCCGUUUUGACAUUGUGUGCCGACAUUGCGUCCAAGCUGUCCGACUCCUCCACGGACCUACUUCUCCAGGCGCAUAGCAACCUCGCGGACCAGUACACACAUCUCGGUUAUUCCGAAAAAGCCGAGGAGAUUCUUAACAAAGCCAAGAAACUCGCAGAAACCACCGCCGCCAACCCAGACUUUGGUGCUGUCAACCUCCAGAUCUCCCUUACUGAGUAUCAGCUGGCAAACCAAAACUCUGAUGCGGCUCACAAGAUGCUCCUGCAAGGCGAAGUUACCUUUGAGAAGUCUUCAAAUGCAAGAAAGGCUCCCAGGCUCCAAAGAAAGUUGCUCAUGGCAAGAGCUGCCUUUCUCUCUUCCCGAAUCAAAUGGGAAAAGGGCGAGUACCAACAUGCUUUGUUCCACGCCAAGACUGGAGUCCGCAUCUUAUUUCAGGACUGGACGAAACUAGAGGCUCGCUGGAAAGAUGCGCCCAAAGCAGAGUCUAAGCAGACCUCGAGAGAAGGUUCUCCUGAUGCGGAGGAAAGUCUUAUCACGACUGACGUCUCAACGAAUCUGAUCGAGCUAUCCGACGGCCCCGACAGCUGGGCCCUUACUUGCGGUCUGCUGAGAGCCAUGCUGCACCUUUCUUCAGUCUACGCUCACCUGGGAAUGUUCCAAGAGACUGUCUAUUACGCAGAGAAGGCGCACCAGGUUGCCAACGCCACAAAUGCCUCCAUCUACAGGGCUCAGGCUGCUACUUGGAUCGGUUCAGUAUGGUUAAAGGCCUGCAAACUCGACAAGAGCCUUGGCUACUUGAACGAAGCUAGACAGCUCAUGGCCACGGCUGUCAAACCAACACGUCAGGCGUUCCAGCUAGCUUGUGAGUUGAGUGCUUCGUUCGGAGAGAUGAAGGACCACGAGAACGAGACCCUACUCCUUGAGCUUGCCGAAGUCACACUUGGGACUUUGAACAGCAGCAACCGAGGCGCAAUUACUGGUGUGAACGAUGAGCAAGUAGUCACUAAGAUGGCCAAGCUCACGCUCAAGGCACCGGCUACGCGUAGGACACGAGCGACCAAGCCAGCGGUCCCCACAGCGACCAGAGCCACGAGAGUUACAAAGAGAGUGGCAGCACCGAAGACGAAAGCUGCUGCUGCUCCUCCCAAGACCGCCGUCGUUGCCGCAAACGAUAGCACAUCUGACCUCAAGGCUUCCAUGCUGUUGUACAAAGCACUUGUCCACCUUAGCAAGGGCGACUGGGCUGCUGCAGCAGACCUUCUGGAGGAGGCGAAGCAGAUUUCCAGCAGCUUGCGGGAGUCUCUGCGAGUCCAGAUUGGCGAGGCCACCUGUUUGAUUGAACAGGGCAUCAAGCAGAUGGAGGGCGAUUCUGUCUUCUCGGUCGUGAAGGAAUCGACCAUCUCUUACCCGUCCAUCCACGCUGCUCCCGACAAAAAUAACACGGACAAGACGCAACCGACGGGAUCCUCUCCACGGAAGGCUCAAGGCCGAGCUACCUCUGCCGAGCGCAAAAUGAUGAAAGAAAACGCAACCUUUGUCGAAACUUUGGAACAAGCGCAAGCUCAGCUGAUGGAAGCUCAAGCUGCCGCUGCUAUUUCAGGAAACGGACACCUGGUUCAUCGCAUCUCAGCGUUGCUUCAGAGCACGGGCAUUUUCCUAUCGGCAGCCUCUCAUCGGACGCCAAGAAAUAUGGGAGGCUUUGGAUAUGCCACCUGCUCUGUCGAGUUUGCACGAAAUCUGACUUGGAAACGGGAGCGAAACACCGUGGCUACGGAUCAACUCAAUCCCAGCUUCAGCGAGGCGGGCUGGCCACUUGCUCUUACGCUAAAGGAUGAUAGACGGGCCAGCAUUAUCACUGUUGACGACAUGGCGAGAUUCCAGCGCGACUACAUUGACAUCAUUCCUGAAGCGUGGAGUGUCUUGUCGAUCGCGCUGAGUGACAACCGCAAGGAUCUGUGCAUCACCAAGUUACAGUCCGGCCAGAGCCCCUUUGUCUUGCGACUUCCGCUGGAGCGUGUGGCUUCUCGUGAUGGCGAAGACGAGCUAUUCGACUUCCAGCAUGGACACGACGAGCUCAUGGAUAUUAUUCAGGCGACCAACGCGAGUUGCCACAACUCUGGUGACUACUCUGCAAAAGGGGCCAAGUCAGCAUGGUGGGCUCAGCGCGAAAACCUGGACAACAGGUUCAAGGAUCUCCUCGACAAUGUUGAACAAGUCUGGCUCGGCGGGUUCAAGGGCAUCUUCUCUCAACACCGUCAUCGCGCUGAUCUCAUUGCCCAGUUCCAAAAGGCCUUCUCCAAGAUUCUCGACAAGCAUCUGCCUUCACGUAGGCAAGUUCGAGGGAAAAAGACUAGCAAGUCCCCCAAGAUUACCUUGGAGCCGCGUAUCCUCGAUCUUUUUGUCGGUCUAGGAGAUCCGUCUGUGCCGGACAGCGAUCUUGAGGAGCCUUUGAACGAUCUUCUCUACUUUGUUGUGGACAUUCUCCAGUUCCAUGGCGAGAGAAACGCCUACGAUGAGAUUGACUUUGACUCCAUGGUCUUGGAGACGUUUGAUGCCCUUCAAGCGUAUCAUACCGCAGCCAAGACUUCGGAGCCCGAGGAAGGCGCACAUAGCAUUCUGAUACUCGACAAGGCUCUCCAUGCUUUCCCUUGGGAAUCGCUCCCGUGCAUGGAGGGGCUGGCGUUUUCACGUGUCCCAUCAUUGUCCUGUCUGCGUCGACUGCUCCUAGAGCAGCGUGAAGCCCAGGAUUCUGAUGAAGAGGAAGUCCAUCACCGACACGCUGUCUCUCCUGUCGGUGGCACAUACAUUUUGAACCCCGGUUCCGACCUCAAGAACACUCUCGCCACUUUUGAAAAGCCCCUGAAAGAAAAGUUGGGCGAGUCCUGGACGGGCAUCAUCUCGCGCGCGCCGACCGAGGACGAGUUCGAGGGAGCGCUCAAGAAGUCAGACAUUCUCCUCUACUUUGGCCACGGCAGCGGCGCGCAGUACAUUCGAGGCAAGACGAUUCGCAGGCUGGAGAAGUGCAAGGCGGCGGCGCUGCUGAUGGGAUGUAGCUCGGCCUCGCUGCAGAGCGUCGGCGAGUACGAGUGUCACGGCCCCGUGUGGAAUUACAUGCUCGCGGGGUGCCCCGCCGUCGUGGGCACGUUGUGGGACGUGACGGAUAGGGAUAUUGACCGGUACGCGGGCCGGCUGUUUGAGGAAUGGGGACUGAUGAAAAGGGGCACGUUUGUUGAGGAUAGCUCGAAGAAGAAGGGCAAGGGCAAGGGGCUUUUUGCGUCUGCUACUGCUGCUACGGAGAAGAAGGGCAAGGCCAAGAAGGAGGCGACGAAGGCCGCUACCAGGCGUGGGAACGCGUCACUCGUGGAGGCCGUCGCUAGGGCUAGGGACGCCUGUCGAUUUAGGUACAUCACGGCUGGCGCGGUAUGUGUAUACGGCAUUCCGGUGUAUAUUGGCAGGGACAAGGCAGCCGACGGUGCUUAAAGGGGUUUUACUGUUGAUUGGUGUCUUUUUCGGGGAAAUACUUCGGGAAAAGGGGGAAGUCUUGGUGUUUUGGUGUUUGUUCGUAUUCUACCUAGGUUGGGCAGGGAGAAAACCGGAAGCAUAGAUUAGCAUUGCAUUGGAACGUGGAGUUUUUGGAUUCAACGUUGCUGUCAUUGUCAAUAUGGACGGGUUUUCCGGGAGGUACGGUAGGCAUUCAGGGUUCGCGGGAUAUUGUGACUGGUGUCCCCUCCCCCCGCUGUCGUAACUAUAGUGUUUCUUUUGA